AAAUUAGUCAAGAAAAACCGAGCGCACUGAAUAACUGUUCACUCCGCCUGCCGACCAACAUCAAGGUAACACGGGUUUUCCCAACGCUCCGUACCUCGUAUCACCGUCGACAUCGCAUACCGCGCCAUCAUGCCUCAGUACAAGCUCGUCUACUUCAAUGUCCGUGGUCGUGCCGAGAUCGCCCGACUUCUCUUCGCCCAGGCCGGAGUCGACUACGAGGACUGCCGUGUGACGUCGGAUGAAUUCAAGGCCAUGAAAGGCGACCCAACAAAAUGUCCUCUUGGUCAGUUGCCUGUGCUUAUCGUUGAAGGUCACCCACCAAUGCCACAGAGUCAUGCCAUCGAGAGAUACCUCGCAAGGAAAUUCGAUAUGUACGGGAAGACUGCAGAAGAGACUGCCCGCAUCGAUGUGACGUGUGAAUGCGUGGUUGAUAUCUUAACCAGCUUUAUGAAGAUGUACUUUGAGAAGGACGAAGCAAAGAAGGCCGAGCUUGGAAAGAGUUUUGUAGAGAAGGACUCGGUAACUAUCCUGACAGCCAUGUCGAAGAAAUUGGAGAAAGGAAGUGGAUUAUUCGUUGGAGACAAGGUAACCCUCGCUGACAUAGCAGUCUUCACUAUGACCGAAGCAAUUUUUAAGAGCAUGCCUAACGUAGCAGAUAUGUAUCCGGCCUUGAAGAAGUUCAAUGACCGCGUGAGAGCCGAGCCUAAGAUUAAAGCGUGGCUGGAAAAGCGACCAGAAACCAAUCUUUAAAUUCGCACAAAGACUUCACUUAGGGAAUGUAAUAUAUGCACUAUAAGACCUAGACAAAGUUAGAAAAUUCAUUUUGAUUGUUAUUGAUGCUGUUUAUACCACUAUAUUUCCAAUUUGUGUCAAAACUAUUUGAUUAUUACUAAUAGUCCAGUUAUCAUUGUUAUUGUUAUUGUAAUAAUUAACAUCCUUUUUAUGUUAAUAAUAACGAUAACAAUAAUAAUAAUAAUUAUAGAACUAAUAAUGAAAAUAUAAGAAUCAUAAAAGGAGUAAUAGUAAUUAUGAUAAUGAUGAUAGUGAAAUUACUGUUGCCAUCAUUAUCAUUAUUAUAAUUAUGAUUAUAAAUCACCCAGGUCUUUGACCUAGGGUAUCUUUAUUACUUUUGGUGAAUUGAUUACUGACCGGCUGAUCGGCUUUUGGUUCAGAACCAAAAAGCCGAUGCAGAAUCGGCUUUUGGUUUAUCUUGCAUCGCGUUUACACGCUGUUACAGCUCGCGGUGCAGAAUCGGCUCGCGUGGCAAAAACCUGAAAUGAUACGCACACCAACAAUAUACGUCAUAAUAAAGACGACGCUGGAUCAGUGCGCUUACAAUUACGUCACGAUGGUAAAGUAAUUGAAAUGCGCACCAAUUGCCGAUGCAGAAUCGGCUUUCUGUUUACACGUAGUAAAAAAACCGAUUCUGCAUCGGCUCGCGGUUCAGAACCUACUACUUUGGUGGUGCAAAUUGCCGGUUCUGAACCGCGAGCCGAUGCAAGUUUUAUAAUCGCGUUUACACGCUAUGAAAAAGCCGAUGCUGCAUCGGCUCGCGGUUCAGAACCGCGAGCCGAUUUAAAAGCCGAUUAAGUGUAAACACGGUAAUUCACUGCCCGGAAAUAGUUUUUCAAAAAAAUUUGCACAGGUGCCCGAUAUCAAUCGCAACUUGAUUUUCAACAGAAUAAAUGCGAGUAUCAGGGACUUGUGAUUGGUUUUGUUCAGUUACGGUUGAACGAAGCUCUUUGAGCAAAAGGUCCCAGGGGGCCGUUUCAUGAAGCUGUUCGUAAGUUAAGAGUGACUUGAAGAACGUCUGGUGAUCCUUUCUUGUGGUAAAUGACAUUCACCGUUAAAUGUUCAUCUGUGAUUAUUCGACGCGUGAGAAAGGAUCACCAGUCGUUCUUAAAGUCGCUCUUAACUUACGAACAACUUUAUGAAACACCCAACUGGAACGCAUACAGGGUCCCAUUUUAACGUUUGAUUGUCAAUCGUAGAAAAAUGUCUUACUAUCAUUGCUAAGCAUUGUGUUAAGGGCCUCCGGUCGCAAAUUGUUUGUUCACUAUGACAGGGUUUCCUUAAGAUUGUCUCUUGUUUAGCCUCGUGAAUUCUCCAAGGUGAAACCACUGCAGAAGUAGAGGUAAUUGUUCAUGAUGUGUAAAUUGAUGUACAGAAAUAUCGGGAAAGCGAGAAAGAAAAAGAGGAGUAGUUAUUUUACACAAAACUGCUAUUAAAGUAAUAAAACAACUCAUAAAAUCA